ACCAACCUGCAGGUUCAAGACUGAGGACUGCAAGCAAGAAUGGAACAAAAGAGGUUCUGGUUACUGGCAAUUGUCCUUAUUUUAGGGCUCAGCAGCCUGGCUAAUGGAUACACACAACUAUUGCAGGAACAAUGUGCGCUGCAGCCAUUCGCCAGAGUGAACUGUGGCUAUCCAUAUAUCAGUGCUGAGGAAUGCAACAAUAGAGGAUGCUGCUUUGAUAACAGUAUCCCUGAUGUCAUCUGGUGCUUCUUUCCUGGGCCAACGAAUGAAGAAUGUGUCCUCUAGAAUGAAUCUGGCUCCCUCCACUGAAAUUCCUUAAGCAGGACAAGAACAGAAAGCUUGCCCAUCUUACACUAUGAUCUCCAUUAAUUGCCAAGCCAUUUUUGACAAAUGUACUUUUGCUUUUCAGUGAGAUGGCUCUCCACUGUUGCCCACAAAUGUUUCAAUACUUUACUAUACCAAAAGCAUGUCUUAAAAAAUAAAAGCAGCAAAUUAAACACUU